AUGGCUUCGUUCAAUCAGAAACUAUUCCUACAGUGUUUCGAUCAGCUCGCCGAUGUCGAUUCUCUGCGUCGCAAUCAGGCGGUUGAUCGGCUCCUGACGUACCUGGCGUUACCGCCUAGCGCUUCGGAAUCUGAUAACAAACAUUCUAAGAGCGAUGCGGAUGCUAGAUCAGCCUCCAAGUCUCAAGCCCUAAACCCCCUCUCUGCGCAGCGCAAUUACAGGUUUAGGUUCACUGUGAAUGACCACAACUUACUGCAAUACACAGUGGAUCGGCUUUUACGUGGCCUCACAGCUGACAGAAAGGGUUCACGUCAAGGAUUCACCGUGGCGCUACUCUCUGUGCUGUCGCUGCAUGGUGACAACAUUAAGUGGCAGACCAUUUCGGAGGCGGCGCUAGAGUACACCUCGACAAAAGACCUAACAACUUCCGAGGUUAAGGAUGUCUUGUGUGGGCGGUUGGUCGCGUUUUUCAUCAUACAAAAAAGUGGAUUCUUCUGCACACAGGAAGCACUACCGGAAUUAGAAAAGGUUAUACUGAGCAUAUGGGAGGCUUACGAUGACAAGACCUAUUUCCAGGACGCGUCGUGCGUAUUGCUGUUUCUUAUAUGCAGGGAUGUUUUCAGGGCUACACAAGAUGUGGAAUUGGCACUUCGCCAUAUAUCUCCCAGGUUAUCAGCGGUGCUUGAUGCGAACUUUGUUGACGCAGUAUUGAAGAGCAAUAACUGCGAAGGUCAAGAUAAAGGGAAGGAAUUCAGUAAGGCUAUUUUGGCAGCCGUUGGCAAAUCCAUUCCUGGUGUACUUCCGUGUGAUCUGUUGGGGUUAUAUCUGAGGAUGUACAGCUACAUUGAAUCUGUCGAUAAGGAUUUGCUGAAAGGAACUGUUCUGAAUAAAGCGCCUUUAGAUGAGGAUAAUUUCCCCCUGGUUUUGCGAUACGUAUCCUGCACUCCCAGGAACCAUCCAAUAAUUGGUUCUUUCUUUGACACGCUGAUGAAUGUCAUAAUGCUGAAUGAGCAUAAUGAGCCUAGGUUGUUGCAAUUGUGGAAUUCCAUCAACCUAACAAUGUUGAACUCACAGGGGAGCAACAGCCCUCAGCGGACAUUCACAGCGUUAAGGCUAUUAGCGCUGAUUAUUCUCAAAGUUCGACAUUCUCCAACGCUUAUACAUGCUCUUUUAACGUCGUGUGACGAUAUAUACAAAACCAUUUCCUAUUACCAUAAAGCCUCCAAGAAAGAUCCCGUAAAAGAUAUCUCAUCGUACGUGCUUAAACUCCUCGUCAGCGUAUUACACGGAGACGUUCAUUUAGCAACGUUGAAUAAGGUUGGUGGUGCUGUGAAUCCAAUUGUGAACGAUUUCAUGGUCUUCACGGGCAUGAAUUGCCUCUUCGAGGAUGCAUCCACUGACGUAAGAAACCUCUGGCAACAAGAGUCUAGCUCGGCGUUAAAUUCCCCAAAUUCAGCAAUAAAGAAGUCUAACAACGUAAAAAAAGUUAAUGCAAGUGAAACCAAAAAGGAGCACAGGGUUUCCUUUACUGAUGUGGAUGUGCCCAAGCUUCCAGCAGAUGCAGUAGUAGAUUGUUUGCACAAGAUUGCCAGUGCUGUAGAUUUCUCUGCUUCCUCUCUAACAGCAUUCCAGAGCCUAUUUGCCGCCCUAAUACGUUCCAGUGCAGAUGUCCUUGCUACAUAUGGCCUGCUAGAAUCUACCGCUGUAAACAUUAAUAUUGGGUCCAAUGCGAAGCGUUUCUAUUGGUUAUUGUCUAUGCUUCAGCAAUGCGUUUGGGUAUCCCAUAAGGUUACACGUAUUGAAUUGUUGAAGCUAUAUAUAACGAGCAAUGCAUUGUGUGCCUCUAUGUCGGGUGCGGCCUCAUCAGGUUUACAACUUUCCAUUGCCCGUAUCUCACUCGAUGAUGACGAAUUCAGGAUGGCUAUUGUGUCAGAAAAUAAUGUAGGAGGCGGGGUAACUAGUGCUACUUUGCCAGAUGAGACGAAUGAUGAUUCCGCCAACACGCUACAAUUGCUUUCGAAACACAUGCUAAAUUCCUGUCUGGCUACAUUGUCUAAGGCUUUACAAGCUUUGCCAAACAGUAGAAUUGAGCAUGUGAAAGGUCCUCGUCCAAUGGUUAUCGAAAUCGUAAAUACUUCAAAAGUCAUUCGCAACGUCUACCGUUUGUUGGAAUUAGGGGAACUGCCACUAGUUGAAUUCAAAGUAUCUCCAAAAGAAAAACAGUCUAAGCGAAAGGCUGACCAUAAAGAUGAGGCUGGUAGUGAAACUCUGCUCCAUGUUUCCAAGAGGCUAGUCGAGUUCAGUUUGAAACUUGAGAAAGACAACGAGGACCACAGGUUGACUGUCCUAUCCUUAUACUACUCCACUUUGGCAUUAUUGCUUAUAGUAUUGCAUCAUAGGUCGUCACAUCUAGGGAGACUUUCUCACGGUGCCGCACAAGCUGACGACUCUAAGCCCUUAUUUUCUGAAGAUAACAUGGAUGUCAUUAUAGCAUUCGCGAAAUUGUGUGAGAAUGCUGCUUCGUCUGGAAGUACGUCAUUUGAUUCCAUAAUUAGUGGCAUAUUGACAAAAACGCUAAUACGUACAAUAAUUUGUGAGGAUAACUCGUCAGUAUUUGGGUUGUUGCAUACUAUCUCGAAGGGAAUCUGGUAUAUGUCGAAGAAUCAGGUCAAUGAAGAGUUGCGUGACGUGUUGCUGCGGAAUUCAAUACUCAAUACUGACGAGCAAGAGGCGUACGACACUGAUGACGAAUCGGAUUCUGACGACUCUAGUGAAUCAGAGUCGGUGACGGAUAAUGAGGAGUCAAAUGGUAUGGAUGUCGAUUUCGCUACUGAGGAAAAUGAAGAUAGUGAGGAGGAAUACGAGAACCAUGACCACGAUGAUAGUGAAGUUGACGAUGAUGAUGAUGAGGAGGACGACGACGACGAUGAAGAAGGGACUGAUGAAGAUAGUGAGGAGGAAAUUGAUGAAUUUGACGUUGAGCAAAGUCUUGAUCAGCCUCCUUCUAAGAAGGUAAAGCGCGAAAGCAAGGAGGAUGAGGCAGAUGAAUCUGACCUUGAGCUGUCCACCGCCGAGGCUAUCGAUGAACUGUUGAAGGAUGAGAGUGGUAAUAUCGAAACGCUACGCAUGGAGCGUAUGAAGAUGCGUUCAUCAUUCAUUUUUUCCCCCGACUCACUAAAACCUAAGAUUCGUAAUCUCGAGAUGCUACAAUCAUGCAUAUCAGAAUGCGCCUUAGGACCUUGGUAUCUUAACGCAGUUAACCAUCUGUUCUCGUCGUAUCAAACAGCAGUUCGCGCCAACGCUGGUGGUAGCGUGGAUAAGAGGAGUCAAGUUGUUGUGUCUGAAUACAUCAGCAAGUUGACCAAGGUUCUAAGCCACGCGCUGCAGCAGUUUGCGAGGCCCCUUGCGAACCAAACGUCUGGAAAAUCUAAUCAAGAGGGUGAAUCUGAUGAGUCUAAAACGAAAGUGAAAUUUGAUGAUCCAAAGGGGAUGCUGGACUCGCUGUUGGAUUUAGCGAUACAAAGUAUCAAUAGCCAACGGGCAGAGAAGACCUCAAAAGCAUGCCGCUCGCUGGCGGUGGCAGUUUUAGUAUUCGCCAUACAAGUGGAAUCGAUGGUCAGUGAUGGAGCUCCGGUUCAAACCACUAUGGUUAUAUUGGUUGCACUGUUGUCUAUCUGCAUGUUUAAGAAGUCUCGACUAAGUACAAGUUUCUUCUUGCAGCUUUGCAAUCGCCACCCGAGUGUAUUCGCAAGCUUUAACAUGGUAAAUAUUUCUCUGGAAUCCAAGGUGGACUUUGUGCAGUCCGAAGUGCUGUCGGUUUGCGCUAGUGCUGUGAGUGCAAUCGCAGCAAGCAACAAGGUCAAACCUAAGCGUCUGUGCCGUCGAAAGUGCGGGAAAAUUCUCUCGCAAAUGGAGCCUGAAAUCGAUUGGUUAUUCCACGGUGCACCGUUUGACAAGGCUAAGAUCAUAUCAUUCGUAACUGAUAACCUCGUAGCAGAUGUGCUUAAAUCUCUACCCGAUCUGUUAAGUCGCAUGAAAGAAGGCGCAGAUAUUUCCACGAUCGACAGCGAACCACAAGAAUCUGGUAAACGGAAGUUGAAGGCGCGGUCUGUUUCUCCGCAGCUUGCAGCGUCGGCCGGGCGACUUGUAACCGUUGUAGUUCGGUCCGACGCCAUUAAGCCGGAGCACAAGACAGUUAUGCAGAAUAUUAAGGGCUCCAUGGAGAGUCUUCUGGAAACUCUGCGCGCAGUUAACGUAAAAGAAAAGCAGCUCCAACCGUUGAGUCACGCCCUGUCGCAGCUUUGCGCUCGAUUGGGGGAGUAG